UCCGCCCAGGAAAGUAUAGCUGCUUGAUCAGUGUGGCGUGGGUCUGUAGCUUAAGAGAAGAUGAAUGGGAAACGGCCAGCUGAGCCGGGCCCCGGCCGUGCGGGGAAAAAGGGAAAGAAGGAGGUGAUAGCGGAGUUUUCGGAUGCUGUCACGGAAGAAACCUUGAAAAAGCAGGUGUCUGAGGCCUGGAGCCGCAGGACGCCGUUCCGUCACGAGGCCAUUGUCAUGGACAUGGAACCCUUUCUUCACUGCGUGAUCCCAGACUUCAUCCAAAGCCAAAACUUUUUGGAAGGGCUUCAGAAGGAACUUUUGAACUUGGACUUCCAUGAAAAGUAUAACGAUUUAUAUAAGUUCCAGCAGUCUGAUGAUUUGAAGAAGAGAAGAGAGCCUCACAUCUGUGCUUUAAGGAAAGUUCUGUUUGAAGAUUUCCGGACUUGGCUUGCUGACAUUUCCAAGAUUGACCUGGAAUCAACUAUUGACAUGUCCUGUGCUAAAUAUGAAUUCUCUGAUGCCCUCCUCUGCCACGACGACGAGCUGGAAGGGCGCCGGAUCGCCUUCAUUCUUUACCUGGUUCCUCCCUGGGACAGGAGUUUGGGGGGCACCCUGGACCUGUACAACGUUGAUGAACACUUUCAGCCGAAGCAGAUUGUCAAGUCUCUUAUCCCUUCAUGGAACACACUGGUUUUCUUUGAAGUGUCUCCAGUAUCCUUUCACCAGGUGUCUGAAGUCCUGUCUGAAGAAAAGUCACGUUUGUCUAUAAGCGGCUGGUUUCAUGGUCCUUCACUGACCAGACCCCCCAACUACUUUGAACCACUUGUACCUCGGAGCCCGCACAUUCCACAAGAUCAUGAAAUUUUAUAUGAUUGGAUCAACCCUACUUAUCUGGACAUGGAUUACCAAGUUCAAAUUCAAGAAGAGUUUGAAGAAAGGUCCGAAAUCCUCCUAAAGGAGUUCCUUAAGCCUGAGAAAUUUGCAGAGGUCUGUGAGGCUUUGGAGAAAGGAGAUGUGAAAUGGAGCAGCCGAGGUCCCCCUAACAAAAGGUUUUAUGAGAAAGCGGAGGAGAGCAAGCUUCCCAACAUCCUGAAGGACUGCAUGGAAUUAUUUCGCUCCGAGGCUCUGUUCUUGCUGCUCUCCAACUUCACAGGCCUGAAACUCCACUUCUUGGCCCCUUCAGAGGAAGAUGAGGUGGAGGACAAAAAGGAGGGCGAAGGCACCUCUGCAGCUGAUCACACUGAAGAAGGGACUAGCCAUAGCUCCCCUGGGCCCCAGAGUCCUCAGACGGCCAUCAGCCACAGCAGCCAACAGAGCAGUGAACAGACAGACCCAGAGUCAGAGGAAAACGAAGCCAAGAGAGACUCAAGUGUUCCCACAUGCCAGGGGGAGUUGAGGCGUUGGAAGACUGGUCACUACACUUUGAUCCAUGACAACAGCAAGACUGAAUUUGCCCUGGAUUUACUUCUCUACUGUGGCUGUGAAGGCUGGGAGCCAGAAUAUGGCGGCUUUACUUCCUACAUUGCCAAAGGUGAAGAUGAAGAGCUGCUAACAGUGAAUCCGGAAAACAACUCUUUGGCACUGGUCUACAGAGAUAGAGAGACUCUGAAAUUUGUCAAGCAUAUUAACCACCGAAGCCUAGAACAAAAGAAAGCCUUCCCAAAUAGAACAGGUUUCUGGGACUUCUCGUUUGUCUAUUACGAAUGACAGGGCUGAGCCAAGCUGAAGAAAAGAGACCCUUCCUCAGUACUGGGGAGUGCGGAAGAGCUAGGCAUCACGCGGAGAGCUACAAGGUGGCCUGUGUGACCGUGUCUUCAAAACUGCGUGGUAGGACUCAUCGUUAUUGUCUGCAAUCUAGGCCUUGAGCUUGGAGCCAGGUAUUUCUCUCUUGAUAAAAAAAAAAAAAAAAAAAAAAGCUUUUUUGUCUUUUUUUUUUUUUUUUCACAUUCAGUUUCUCAUUUUCCAUAUGGACUUCCUUAGUGAUUUUUAAAAAGCUUUUGUGUGUGGUAAAAUA